GUAUUCCAAAUUAAGAAGACGCAAGUAUGGCAUUCACGGCGAUUAUGUUUCUGCUAGGUACUGCCACUACCGCUGGUUUGUUAGGAUUGGGUCAUUAUUUCACUCAUAUGGGCAAACACAAAAAAUUGGAGGUUGAGUGCGAUAUUUUCCAUGGCAGAUGGGAAUAUGAUGAUGCUGAUCCCUACCCUCUUUACUCUCCCCAUACUUGUCCAUUCAUAUCCAACCAAUUCGACUGCCAAAGCAAUGGUCGUCCUGACCAAGAUUAUAUCAAAUAUAGAUGGAAACCAUAUUCAUGCACUUUACCACCGUUCAAUGGUAAAAGGUUAUUGCAGAGAUUCGAAGGGAAACGAAUCAUGUUCGUUGGAGACUCAGUUGGAUACAAUCAAUGGCUUUCCCUCGUAUGCAUGCUCCAUUCGGCGGUUCCAAAAGCCAAAUAUCUUCUCGAGACCAAAGGAGGCCUUUCUACACUUACCUUCCCGGCACACAAUGUCUCGGUGAUGUUUUCGCGCAAUGAUUUUCUUGUUGACAUUGUUGACGACAAAAAUGAAAGAAUCCUAAAGCUUGAUUCAAUUAGGAAUGGAGGACAAAUUUGGAAGGAUGUUGAUGUGUUGGUCUUCAACACUUGGAACGAGGGGCUUCAAACUGGAAAGAAGCAAUCAUGGGAUUUCAUUGAAGAAGGCAACGCCAGGCACAAAGACAUUGACCGAUUGGCGGCUUUUGAAAAAGCCUUGAAUACAUGGGCCAAGUGGGUAAACUCCACCGUAGAUCCCAAGAAAACCAAGAUUUUGUUCCAGGGUGUUUCCCCAGAUCAUGCAAAGUAAGCAUAGCUGUUAAUGUCGUCUAAAACAUAUCCUAACCAUGAUUUUCCUUAAAACAAAUGCCAUCAUGUCCUGUCCACUGCAUAUAUACCUUACAAUUUUCGUUCUUUGUUUCAAAUACUACUGUAGUUCAAGAGAUUGGGCAGAUCCCAAUGCAAAGAACUGCAAAGGGCAGACAAGACCCGUGGCGGGGCAUAACUAUCCAGGAGGUCGACAUCGAGGAGAAGCUAUUCUGGACAAAGUAUUGGGCAGAAUAUCCAAAUCAGUUCGUUUACUUAACGUAACUGCACUGUCACAACUAAGA